AUGGCGACUCCAUCAGCAAAGCCGGGUGCAACUCCCACUCACCUCACCUCAUCGCCUCACCCAUCCUCCGCGCCCCUCUCCCGCUCCAUGGCUCACAAGUCGCCUUCAAUGAGAACCCCGACAGCCUCAGGCCCAGGAUUAAACCAGCCACCAAGCACUUCGUCGCAUCAGUAUACCACGCCUCUCGCGACGACAAGCGCUGUGGACGAUCCCGUUAAUUUCAGCUCCCCCUCAGCGCUUCUCGCGCUUGGAGGCUACGCUGGGAUCAGUCCCUCACCUGCUGUGCAUGAUAGCCUGGUUGGCACCAGCAUGAACGAGAACGAUAUCCAGAACCUGGGUAUGCAAGGUCUGAAGCUCGGGGUCGCAAGGGAUAGCGACGAGGAACAAAGGCAUCGCAUUGAGGAAGUUGUCCGGAGUCUUCGCACCCGCGUUGCAGGAAGAGGAGUUUCUCGGGAUGGCAUAGAGCGGCUGAGUCGCCUGGAAGGCCUUGAACGUCUCUGGCAAGAUGACAACAUCAAUAUUGCAGGCAACUUCGUUGACUUGGAGAUCGAAUUCCACGCCGGCAAUGACGUUGUUAAAGAGGUGAAUUUACAAUAUGCAACUGCGGAACAUACCGACGGUGGGCGGCGCGAAGCUGCUACUUUGGUCCUGAAACGAAAUCUCAUACAAUCCCUCCAGGACGCCGAUUCGGGGAAAUGGAGAUCGCUCGGUCCGUUUUACAAAAAUCUGCAAUGGCUGGCGAAGCUGGACAAGCUCAGCCAGGAGGUGAACUGCUUCGAGGCACUCGAGGGUCUUGAGGAUAAUCUUAAGCGCAUCUGGGCAGAAGAAAACAAGGAUGGACAGCACGGAGGUGAUCAUGAACAUCUUUGCAAUGGGGUCAUUGGUCGCCCGACGAUGCAUAAGGGCACUCGGGUUGGAUUAGGCCUGGAAUACUGGAUUGAGCAAGCGAAGCUACUGGAUUCGAAGAAUAUUGCUACAUCUGCCGAUUCAAUGGCGAUAGACCACCCGCAAGAGACAGAUCCAGAAGUCGAAGACCAACAAAAAGCAUGGACUGUAAUGAUCGAAUGUGAAGAAGGAUACCCAUCCUUACGCAUCUCGAAAGAAUGGGUCGGAAACGAGAUUUUCGGACCCAGAGAGCGCAGUGAAUCGUUGCCCUCAAUUGGGUCCGCGGAGUCAGUAAACUGGCUUGAGCCGCCUCGGACCAUGCGCUUGCCACACGGCGACCAUCCCGAUUCCAUGGCUCUCGAUUCAAAUAUGUUGGGCCAUUCACCCCCCAAUCGUCGCUUUGUCGCCAAAUUAGAACCCCCCCUUGACAUUCCAAUUCUCGCUGCCUCCAAUAUUCAUCAACACCUUGGUAUGCAAUUACCCCAAGAUUUCAAAAUGGUGACCUAUGAUGGUUUGUUAGUCCCAGGGCCAGCGACGGACUCAUCAGCUCAGUUUGGUCGAAGAAAGCACAAAUCUUCCAUCGAAGCACCCGAUUCAACGGGCAACCCUUGCACAAAAAGUCAUACAUACACCUUCCAAGCAUUCGAAUCUGUCACAGGCCGUACAAUUUCUGAACUCCCCUUUUCUCAUCCUCGACAGCUCGCCGAAAUCUUGCCGAAACCCGAGCCACCAAAGACCGUGUCGUUCAAAUCUUCCAUUCCCGCAGACCCCAUUUCAGAACUACUUUCUCAAAACGAUGGGCUCACCAUCCUGAGUAACGAGGACCCCAACGAAGAUAGGCUGAAUUUUCUCUUGGGCGAUGGGUUGGAAAGUGGCACCGACUGCGCCACCAAUGGUCAAUCUAGUGAUCCUACAGAUGAUGGUAUCAAAGUGGACAUUACAUUACGCACACAACUCGGACAAGCGCCGGCUGUCAUGCUUUUCAUCACUGAUUCUACCAAGACCACGGAUCAGACUCAGCAUGACGACCCGUUAAUAUCAAUUUGUUUCGAGGUUGGUCUUAAUGGCCGUAUAUCAACGGUGGACAGCUCAGGACUUGUGCAAGGAAAAACACAGCAUUACAAUGGCGACUCAGAGAUGCACGGGGCAGAUGACUCCGGAUCUGAGUGGGAGCUGCAGAAUAUCCACAAGAGGAUCUCCAGGGUCCUAGAGAUCUCACAGGACAUUGGCAUUCUGGUGGAGUGGGUCCUGCGUUGGCAGCGGCAGCGGGCUGUCAGCGGCUGA